ACAUACUUGUCAGUUUAAAAACGACUUAGUACAGGUCAAAUUAACUGUAGUCAUCCAGAUCCGUGACACACUGAGCUAAUAAGGUUACCGAUUUAUUACUGGACGUUUCGCUACAGAACUGUAUUGGAUUGUUUUGAUGAACCAGCUCAGUCGUUGACCAACACGCGACAUAGAUGUUCAUUAAGAAUACACCAUAAAACACCUCUCAGGCAAAAAGAAAACAAGACACUUGGGAUUCUGAAAUAUCCCGUUUUUUAAACAUUUUCUCGAGGCAUGGCGACAGCAGAUCGAAGUGGCGGCGGUGAAACUGGCCAGCAGUUACUGAGCUUCGUGGACAUCGCCUCCAGCAACAUCAAGUUAGCCUUGGACAAAUGCGGGAAAUCCAAACGUAAGGUCAAUCACAGAAAAUACCUGCAGAAACAACUGAAGAAAAGCAACGGGUCCUAUGACACCGAAACGGCUGUGAUACACGGUGGCAGGGUGUCUAAACCCACCAGGAAGGAGACCUCUUAUUUCGGAAUCCAACAUAAAUCCUUACAGGCGCUGUUUGAUCCACGGACGUUACACAAACAGUGUUGUGCGGAUCCGCAGGCUAAAUUAGUCAAAGGAAGCUGUAGAUCGAACCGCGUUCCGUUGAAGAAUAGAAAACUACCGCCGUCUUUUUUUACCGAGCCAGCAAAGCUUCUGGAGCAGCAGUCCUACACGGCAUAUUACAUAGAGAAUGCUCUUCAGAACUAUUCAUAUCAGUCCCAACUGGAGACAGUAGCCAACGGUGUCUACACCUGUCAACAGACAACACUAGACCCGCCAUAUUUUACGCAUGAAGACAUUCAUGACAUUAUAGGCGGUCAAGAUGGCCUUGCCCGGCCGUCCAGUUGUGGGUCAAGCCAGCAUAGUUCCUCUGGUAGUCCUCAGCGAGAGACCUCUUCGACAUCAUCCCCACCGAUAUCGCCAUUGUUGCCAAUAUCCAGUCGAACGGACUAUCGUCUACAAAGCUGGGACCAGCCAUAUGCCAGUAGUUAUAAUGGGACAAUUUUUAUGGACCCUAAUUACAACGAACCGUACGGAUAUCAACAAGAAUUAUCUGGUGCUUUUUCAAAUAUGGGGCAAGUUGGGAACGCUAUGGCGACACUAAGAUCGCCCCAUGAUGGACUGACGUCUAUGGAAAAUGUAUAUGCUUUGCCGAAUUUCUCUCAAACAUUUUCAAGUUACGUCACCGGUGCUGAUGUUUCAAGCGUGGACAACCCGUUUGUCGCACCUUGCAUGUUGAACAGUUAUACUUGUCUGUGACACAUUUCUGGUAAAACCCACUCUUUCAUUAUUUUUAUAAAUCUGUGAGGAAAAUAACGUGUUUGUUUAUGUUUUUAGAUAUCUGAAUUUGUUUUGUUUUAAGAAACGAAGUUAUAGGCCUACAAAGCAAUAUCGAUGUCACAUUUGAGCGAGCAUUGCUACAAUACAUGACUAUAGACAUAAUGGGCUACUGAUUUUAUUAAAGUCUUAUUUAUGGUCUUAUUUAUCUGUAUGUCUUUCUAUUCCAAUCUUGUUGUAAACGUAUUCUUUUGAAUAUGAUAAAGCAUUUAUUGCUUGAAUAUUAUUCGAAAUAUUGUUUCUCUUUUAUCAUAAAGUCGAUAAUCAAUUUAUGUACAUAGAGUUUCGACUAAUGGAAAUAGAUUAUCUUGCGAAUAAAACACC